GAUGAUCGACUGGAAAGGGGGAACGCGGAAUGCUGGAGGUAGGUCGAGCCGAACAGUGGCGUUGUUAGUGAUUAAUCCGACUAUUGUUUCAAUGAUCGAUCUGGUCAUCGUUCCGAAUUGGAUGGAAAUGGAGGUUGGUAUCCGCCUGUUAAGCUUUGCGCAUGGCGGGGUGAACCAACUGGAUUACGAGAAACGCUGUCGAGUGUCGUCUCGCUGACCAGGGGGAGUUUCGGAUGCUGAAUGCUCCUUGUUCCCG